CCGCGAACGGAGUCCCACCUGCUACCGUGAUAGAUGUCUGGAGAGAGCCGGCUGGGUAGUGGACACACAAGCUUUCGGCAGGUUCAAGAAAAAUUUCAUUGCUCGCGGGCGGUCUUGCAGUCGAGCACGCCGGGAACCAUCCAUUGCCGGUCUCCACAGGCAAGCUGCGGCCUGGUUGAGUACUGGUUGUUGACCGUGCCUUCGGUUUAUUCCAAUCGAUUCGCAGGGUGCUGUGCCGAUGACGCUGGAAACUCGUUGAAUCGGGCGGCGUCGUGUAUCGUUUUGGCACUUAUCCUCGCUUGUCUACUCUUUUUUCUUUCGUUUUUUUCGUGCGCACGCGAGUGUGUCUCUGUGUGUGUGUGUCUCAGAGAGAGAGAGAGAGAGAGAGAGGAUGGCGCUUGCUUUCGAUGAAUUUGGGCGGCCGUUUGUGAUCAUACGCGAGCAGGAGCAAAAAUCUCGACUGAAGGGGCUCGAUGCACAGAAGGCCAACAUUAUGGCGGCAAAAUCGGUGGCUAGAGUGCUUCGAUCGUCUUUAGGUCCGAAAGGGAUGGACAAGAUGCUGCAGAGUCCCGACGGGGAUGUGACUGUCACGAAUGAUGGAGCGACGAUCCUGGAGCAGAUGGAGGUUGAGAAUCAGAUUGGGAAAUUGAUGGUGCAGCUGUCACGUAGCCAAGAUUACGAAAUCGGUGACGGUACUACGGGUGUUGUGGUCCUUGCUGGAGCGCUUCUGGAACAUGCCGAAGCACUGCUGGAUAAGGGUAUUCAUCCAAUCAGAGUGGCUGAAGGGUACGAGAUGGCGAGCAAGAUUGCGGUUCAGCAAUUGAACAAGAUUGCACAGAAGUUUGAGUUCAGCAAGGAUGAUGUCGAGUCUCUCGUGCAGACUUGUAUGACGACACUGUCCUCGAAAAUUGUCGGGCGCUGCAAGAGGAAGCUGGCCGAGAUUGCUGUCAAGGCAGUUCUUGGGGUCGCUGAUCUUGAGAGAAGGGAUGUGAACUUGGACCUGAUCAAGAUCGAAGGCAAGGUGGGUGGCAAAUUGGAGGAUGUGGAACUCGUCCAUGGAAUAAUCGUCGACAAAGAAAUGAGCCACCCACAAAUGCCGAAGGUGAUUGAGAAUGCAAAGAUUGCAAUUCUGACGUGUCCGUUUGAGCCUCCCAAGCCCAAGACCAAGCAUAAGGUGGACAUUGACUCCGUGGAGAAGUUUGAGGGCCUUCGCUUGCAGGAAAAGCAGUACUUCACAGACAUGGUUAAUCAGUGCAAGGAUUCGGGCGCCACUCUAGUCAUCUGUCAAUGGGGCUUUGAUGACGAGGCCAAUCAUCUUCUCAUGCAUCACGACCUCCCAGCAAUCAGAUGGGUCGGCGGAGUGGAGCUUGAGUUGAUUGCAAUUGCAACUGGGGGGCGCAUUGUACCAAGGUUUCAGGAGCUCACACCUGAGAAACUAGGAAAGGCUGGCAUUGUGAGGGAAAAGGUCUUCGGGACAUCGAAGGACAGAAUGGUCUAUAUUGAGAACUGUGCAAACUCGAGGGCAGUGACCAUUCUCAUCCGGGGAGGCAACAAGAUGGUGGUCGAAGAGGCAAAGAGGAGUCUUCAUGAUGCCCUUUGCGUGGCACGGAACCUCAUCCGUGACAAUAGCAUCGUGUAUGGAGGCGGGUCUGCAGAGAUUGCCUGCUCAUUGGCGGUGGAAGCGGCAGCGGACACUGUGGCAGGUGUUGAGCAGUAUGCUAUGCGCGCAUUUGCUGACGGUCUGGACUCUGUGCCAAUGGCACUUGCCGAGAACAGCGGUUACCAGCCGAUCGAGAGUUUGACUGCUGUGAAAGCAGAACAGAUGAGGGAUAACAAUCCAUAUCUUGGGAUUGACUGCAACGACACAGGCACGAAUGACAUGCGCAAACAAGGCGUCUUUGAGACUUUGAUCGGAAAGAGACAGCAGUUGAUGCUUGCAACGCAGGUGGUGAAGAUGAUCCUGAAAAUUGAUGAUGUUAUCUCGCCAUCCCAGUAUGAUUAGCGUCGAGGCCAAUAACACGGCUGGUUUCUGGCAUAGUGUUGAGCAGAAGAGUCGAGUGUUUGUGUCUUGUUAGGUUCCAAUGGCAUGGUGGUUCCUUGUCUUUUUGUGCAGCGUGUCUGUGCAUGAGAGUUUUGUGAAGAUGAAACGAGGGGUGCAUCCACUCUGAUGUUGUCUUCUCACUCAGAGGCAAGUGAGGGUUGGCAAGCGGUAGGUUUAGCGGGUGGACGGUGAGUGCAGGGGCGUGGGGGUUGGCAAGCAGUAGGAGUAUGUAGUGCUAGGACACAGAUCUCCAGUUCGGACUUCGAGAAAUUGAAAAGGAUCUGAAAGUUUAUUUUUUCUAGAAUUUACAAUCGGUUAUGUUGAAGUUUUUGUUGGAUGGACGAUUUGAAAAGUGCUAUUUCAUAAACUUGACUUUGUAAGAUGUUGUGGAUUCAUUGGUUAUUAGCUUGUCUACUCUCUCUCUCUCUCUCUGUGUGUGUGUGUGUGUGUGUGUGUGUGUGUGUGUGUGUGUGUGUGUUUAAGGUGUGCGUGUGUGUUUAAGGUGUGUGUAUGUGUUUAAGGUAUGUGUGUGUGUGUGUGUAUGUAAGGAGGGGAAGAUGAUGAGCAUCAGCCUGACCCGUAUCUCUAUGAUGAAUACUUUGGGAGUUCUGAUCUGUGAGGGCCGAAGAUGGGUCCACCUUAUGCCAGCAUGAGAUUGUUGUUCUAAUCCACAGAGCUUCAUGCAUGAAUGAAAUUAAGAUUUACUU